UAUAGAUAGUAUCUAUAUCCGUGGUUGAUAGCAAUGCAAUCCGAACGAGAACGAAAUUGAACGAAUGAACGACUUUUUAUUAUUUCACRAUCCGGAUUGUUCGUUCACAGCUUUGAGCCGUUCAUUUUGAUUUUUGAUCCGUUCGUUCGCGUACGACACAUCUCUAAUGUCGAGCAGUCGUUUUACGCCAAGAGGUUUUCCCAGAGUUCCGCUUCAGAAUGGCAUUGGGCGUUAUAUUUGUCAAUUGAAAAGAAUCACAUUAAGAUUUUGUAAGAGCAGUGGAUCUAGUCGUGGAGUCCGUGAUUUCAUCGAAACAGAUCUAAUAAGUUUUGCACAAGAUCACCCAGGCACAGCUUUAUACUUGAAACCUCGCCGUCAUAAGUCACCUUCAUUUGUUGCUGAAUAUUUGAAUGGUGAACGCGAAGUAAUCUCUUGUCACAAUUUCACUGCACAACAAACGAUCAAGUGGUUAAAUUUAUACACCACCCGAUCUGGUAUACCACUUAUGAGGUAUGUAAAAAUGUGGCAUACAGAAUGCCCUUCUAUUCAAGGAGUCUGGAGUCCUUUUACAAACAAAGAUCCUGYAUUAAACAUUACACAGUUUCCAUCUGAGAUUUUAUCUAAGCCUGUAUGGGAAGAAAAAUCAGCAACAGAAGAGCUAAUAGAAAUGAUAAAGAAACAAAAAAUCAGUGAUGAAAAUGAUGACAAUACACAGAAAGUUCAAUCAGCUCAAGUAUAAA